AUGCCUCGACAAAAGAAAGCUCUGUCAAAAGGUCUCAAGGAGUUAGCUGAUGGAACCAUUGAGUGUACACCGUGCUCACAGUUCGGCGAGCGCAAGCAUAGCAUAUUCACCCGGAAUGGGAGGAAGCGUCAUGAAGAGUCACCACAACACGUUGGAGCCUUGCGGCGAGCAGAGGAUGAAGCAUCGCUUGCAGCGGCGGCGGCAGCUGCACCGCGCGAUCUCAGUGCAGCAACGUUACGUGCAGCGCCUCGUACACUGGGGAUCCACCAGCCGGUCGCGAGCAAUGACCACGCCACGCUAAGUAAUGGAGACCCACUCACCUCCGUCAAUUUCCACGACGGUCUCAUGUACGAUGGCGAGGGCAAUGCGAUUGUCUUCUCGGCGGGUCCUCAAGAAACCGAGCAAGAGCGUCUGUGGCGCUCCCUGGACCAGGCGACAGCAACGUUCAAUAUCACUGGCUCUAUGGACUCAUGGAUCGAUCAGAUCGCUCCUCAUGCGGAAGAUGAUGCGACACGAACCAAUGUUGACAUGCAGUUGGAUGGCCUCGGCGGUCAGUCUGAUGAAGAAGAUGAUAUCAGUGAAGAUGAAGACUCGCUCGCGGAUCAGCAUACCACCAACAGACAAAUGCGCGCCCCAUUGGAUGAUCCCUGGUAUCCGCAUGGUUCCAAAACGAUGUUCGUGCUUGAUAUGCUCGACAAUCUCCCGCGGCUUCGACUGUCAAGUGAUCACUUCAGGGUCAUCCUGUGGGUCCUAAAGGAGUUGGGCGUUCGCGGCGUCCCAUCAUUCAGCAAGUUCCGCAAAAAGCAAGAUGAACUCAACCGUGCAUGUGGGAUACAUACCGAUGCGAAGCGCUCCCCACAGGGCGACAUCUUCUAUCAGAACCGUGUCGCUGACAUAAUAGCACUGGAUUACGCCAAUCCACAGACACGGCCACACAUUGAGAUCUACCCCAUCCGAUCUCGUACUGUCAGCGAGACUUAUCACUCGAAACGAGUCGUCCAUGACACCGACCCCGACUCAGGACAUACGCCAAUGUGGGCUGCAGGACACAUGCAUUGGUACAUAGGCGAGCUCGCCAUGCUCAGGAAUGGGAAGUUGGUCAUCCCUCGGGCAUGGUAUCGUUAUGAAUCGCGAGGCGAGGUUUUUGGCGAAGGAUAUGAGGUUGCUGUGAACGUGCCUGAGGAGGGGCACCAGACGAGCGAGAGCCACUUCGAAGUGCAACUCGGUGGUCUUGUUGAGUUCCGGACGUCUGACCUGCACGUAAAUUAUCCCGAACUUGAGGGAUGUGCACUUGGCGGGCGAUUAUCUGGUCCGCUACCCAAAGGGGUCUUCAACGGGCCUAAUCCUCUCCGCGCACAAGCCAAUGGCCGCCGAAUGUACACAAGUUACAUCAAGGCCUGGGGCGAUGAUGUAUCGGGAAACAAGAGCAAGCAGUAUAACGAACAUACCAACAUUUAUAUCGCCCACGCAAACUUGCCGCACACGAAGUUAUCACAAGAGUAUUUCGUACGCUUCACCUCGACCUCGCCGCACGCGACUGCUGGUGCCCAGUUUGAUGCGAUGGUGGACUCCAUAACCGGUGCAAACACAUGGCAUUCUGCAUAUGACUGUGAUCCGGAAGUUCAGGAGGAAGUUCUGUUCCGUAUCAUACCUCGAAUUUUUCCAGCUGACAAUCCUCAGCAAUCCGAGAGCUGCUCACAUAUAGGGCUGCAUGGGAACUUUUGGUGUCGAGGGUGCAAGCUGGGAGGGAGUGAAAAGGAGCGAGAGACUGACCAAAAUUACGAUGCUCACUUUGAAGUCAAUCCGUCCAAUCUUCGAACCUCUACGGAGACACGCGAAGAGAUUCUAACUCAGAUAAGGCUCGCGGCCCUCGGAGUGAAGAAGGACGUCACCCAGCGGCAGACGGAUACAGGGACGAAGGAUAAGUUGGCCGAACAUUGGAUCAAGAUCCUUCUGGAACGUGCGCGCAAGGAACAACAGCACCGCAUCACGACUGCCACGACCGCAGACCCUCGCCUGAAACGCGUACAUGGGCCUGAGCGCACUGCGAUUGUACUCACCAUCAAGAAGGAGAUCCAGGUCGAGCUCCUUGAAUGGCUCCAUCAGGAAAACCUGAAUUCCCUAAUGAGAUAUCAUAACAACAGAUGA